AUGAAUAAAAUUAGUAUUGUAGCAUCAAAAGAGAUAAUUGACUUAGUUUCAGUGUCAUUUUGGAAGGAGAACCUUGAAGGAGACUUAACGAAGUUAAUCUCAUUAUCCUUCUCUGAUACGCAUACAUCAGUCAGCUUAGAAUGUUGUCAUAGACUGAAGUACUUGACCGAAGAGCUUGCUAAGGCUGAACAAACUCUCAGGAACACACUUCGCUCUCGGACUAUGAUGUUGUCGUCGCGAUCGAAAACAGUUCACAUAGGUACACGAUACAUAUCAGGUGCCUCGGCCACAAAGGGCGCUGACACAAAAGAGUGGGGCGGUCGCGUUGCGCUGUGGGGUAUAGUGCCGCUGUGGCGGGCCACCCCUCCAGCGGACAUAGUGCUCGCGUUACGAGCACCCACACUGUCUGACUGUUGGCCUUUUAUAGGUUCAUAUGGUGAAAUAGAAAUACAAUUACCUAAAGUUCAAAGGAUAAGCUACGUUACUGUUGAACACAUACGCCCUGAUACGGCGCUGAGUGCGCCGAAGCAUUUCAUUAUAUAUGGAGUUCUCGCAAAUAAUACUCGGAUCAAAGCUGUAAACGGACAAUAUCGUGCCGAGGGCUCAGCGAAACAAUACUAUCAGUUAUCCCACACGCAAAUUGAAUGGAAGAUGUUGAUAUUUCGAGUGUUGACGAAUCAAGGCAAUGCAAAGUACACUUGUGUUUAUAGAAUUCACUUGUACGAAAACGUAAAUAAUGAUUUAGCUAAUAUUCAUGAUAUUAAUAGUAAUACCUGA